CAGCUUUAAACAGCAGUAGUAAAAGUCAGUUUGCAAGCACUGGGAUAAGACUUUUUUAUAGGAAUAUCAUGCAGCAUGGAUUCUCUACCAGAAGAAUUUUUUGUGAGGGACCCCGUUGUGGAGGAGCAGUCAAAGGAGGAAACUGAGAGUGAGGUAGAAAAAUCAAGUGGCCAACUGGACAAACAGGACAAGGGCAUACCUACUGAUCUCGUCCCUGUUAACCUAUUAUUAGAAGUGAAGAAGUUAUUAAAUGCAAUUAAUACUCUACCGAAAGGUGUGGUUCCUCAUGUUAAAAAGUUCUUACAAGAAGAUUUUUCCUUUCAAACUAUGCAGAGAGAAGUUGCAGCUAACAGCCAGAAUGGGGAGGAAAUUGUUCCUGCUUUGACUUUACGUUUCUUGAUAACACAACUGGAAGCAGCACUUAGGAACAUUCAAGCUACUAAUUAUACUGCACACCAGAUUAAUAUUGGUUACUAUUUGACGUUACUGUUUUUAUAUGGAGUAGCACUCACUGAAAGAGGAAAGAAAGAGGAUUAUACAGAAGCUGAGAAUAAGUUUCUGGUGAUGAAGAUGGUGAUCCAAGAAAAUGAAAUUUGUGAAAACUUUAUGUCUUUAGUUUACUUUGGACGUGGUUUACUUCGAUGUGCUCAGAAGAGAUAUAAUGGAGGACUGUUAGAAUUUCAUAAAAGCUUACAAGAAAUAGGAGAUACAAAUGAUCAUUGGUUUGACCUAGAUCCUACAGAAGAUGAAGAUUUACCUACAACUUUUAAAGAUCUUCUUAAUAAUUUUAUCAAGACAACUGAAAGUAAUAUAAUGAAGCAGACCAUUUGUAGUUACUUAGAUUGUGAGCGAUCUUGUGAAGCUGACAUUUUAAAGAACACCAAUUAUAAGGGCUUUUUUCAGUUAAUGUGCAGUAAAAGUUGCUGUGUUUAUUUUCAUAAAAUUUGUUGGAAAAAAUUCAAGAAUUUAAAAUAUCCAGGUGAAAAUGAUCAGAGUUUUAGUGGAAAAAAAUGUUUGAAGGAAGGAUGUGCAGGUGACAUGGUAAGGAUGCUGCAAUGUGAUGUACCUGGAAUUGUUAAAAUUUUGUUUGAAGUUGUGAGAAAGGAUGAAUAUAUAACCAUUGAAAAUUUAGGAGCAAGUUAUAAAAAAUUGAUGUCUCUGAAAAUAACUGAUUCUGCUGAUGUAAGACCAAAGAUCAGUUUAAAAUUUAACACAAAAGAUGAAAUGCCUAUCUUCAAACUUGAUUACAACUAUUUCUAUCAUCUGCUUCAUAUAAUUAUUAUAUCGGGUACUGACAUUGUCCGGCAGAUAUUUGAUGAAGCUAUGCCACCCCAUCUUUUGAAAAAAGAGCUUCUUAUACACAAGAAUGUGCUGGAAUCCUACUACAAUCAUCUUUGGACCAAUCACCCUUUGGGUGGAUCAUGGCAUCUGCUUUAUCCCCCAAACAAGGAGCUACCACAAUCCAAACAAUUUGACUUAUGCCUUCUAUUAGCUCUCAUAAAACAUUUGAAUGUAUUUCCUGCACCUAAAAAAGGCUGGAGUAUGGAACCACCAUCUUGUGAUCUCUCUAAGUCUGCAGACAUCCUGAGGCUGUGCAAAUACAGGGAUAUCCUCCUUAGUGAGAUUUUGAUGAAUGGUCUCACAGAGUCACAAUUCAAUUCCAUUUGGAGAAAAGUUUCAGAUAUUCUUCUACGCCUUGGGAUGAAGCAAGAGGAUAUUGACAAAGUGAAGGAGGAUCCCAUUGAGAAUAUUUCCCUUGAUUACCAUCAGCUAUCCAUUUACCUAGGCAUACCAGUACCAGAAAUCAUCCAGAGGAUGUUAUGUUGCUAUCAACAAGGAAUUGCUCUACAAUCAAUAACAGGCAGUCAACGUAUUGAAAUAGAAGAAUUACAGAAUGAGGAAGAAGAAUUAAGUCCACCUCUCAUGGAAUAUAAUAUAAAUGUGAAAUCAAACCCUGAAAUACAGUUAGCAGAAAUGAAUAAAGAUGGAGCCUCGAUACCCAGUGAAUCUUCAACAGAAUCUGUUAAAGAUCUCCAGGAAGUUAAGAGUAAAUCAAAGAAAAAGAAAAAGACUAAGAAUAAAAAGAAUAAGGAAUCAAAAGAAGAGCAAGUACCAUAUAUGGUAGAAAGAGAAGAGCACUUGAAAGAACAAGCAAAUCCAUACCCAGUCAGUAGAUUUAUGAAAGAGGAUGCAAGUGAUGUUCAAGAAGAUUCUGCAACUGAAGACAAGUUCUAUAGCCUGGAUGAAUUGCACAUUCUGGACAUGAUAGAGCAGGGUUCAACUGGCAAGGUAACUGCAGACUAUGGAGAAGCUGAAAAGGAAAGGCUUGCUUAUCAACGGCAGCUUUAUAAAUUGCACUAUCAGUGUGAAGAUUUCAAAAGACAGUUGAAGACAGUAACUUUUCGAUGGCAAGAAAACCAAGUGCAGAUUAAAAAGAAAGACAAAAUCAUCGCAUCUCUUAACCAACAAGUGGCUUUUGGAAUCAAUAAGGUUUCCAAAUUACAGCGUCAAAUCCAUGCUAAAGAUAAUGAAAUCAAGAACCUUAAAGAGCAACUUUCCAUGAAAAGAUCUCAGUGGGAAAUGGAGAAACAUAAUCUGGAAAGCACAAUGAAAACAUACUUAAAUAAACUGAAUGCAGAAACUAGCAGAGCUUUAACAGCAGAGGUAUAUUUCUUACAGUGUCGUAGAGAUUUUGGUUUGCUUCAUCUAGAGCAGACUGAAAAGGAGUGUCUCAGUCAGCUUGCCAGGGUGACUCACAUGGCAGCAAGCAACCUAGAAUCACUUCAAUUGAAGGCUGCAGUAGAUAGUUGGAAUGCCAUUGUGACGGAUGUUAGAAACAAGAUUGCAUUUCUCAGGGCACAGUACAAUGAACAAAUCAACAAGGUGAAGCAAGGGUUUGCCUUGAGUACCUUGCCUCCAGUACAGCUUCCUCCACCACCACCCAGUCCUGAGAUACUGAUGCAGCAGUUCUUAGGAAGACCUCUUGUGAAAGAAUCUUUCUUUAGACCCAUCCUUACUGUUCCUCAAAUGCCUGCAGUUUGCCCUGGAGUUAUCUCUUCAGCUGGGCAAACUAGAACCCCUGUGAUGGCUGGCAUAGCCUGGACUGUGCCAGCGCCUGUGGGAGAGGCUGUGCCUCCCAGUGCAGGUCUGGGAAGUGAUCUCUCCAUGAUGAAUUGGGAGAGGAUUACAGACAGGCUGAAAACUGCCUUUCCACAACAGACCAGGUACCUUAGUUUUUAUUUAGUGGUGAGUACAGAUCCUAUUCUACAAUUUGAUGAAAUUGUUUACAAGAUUUCCCAAUUUAUUGAUCCCAAGAGAUCUCAGAAUCAAGGAAAAUCAGUGCCAAAUGGUAACUGUGUUUCACCCAGCCAUUCUCCAUCACAGCCUAAUAAUACCCAGUCCCCCAAACCAGCCUGGAGGCCUCUCAGUUCACAAGGUUCUGCCACAUGGGAAGGAGCCAAGAAUUUGGAUGAUGAGGAGGAAGAAGAAGAGCCUUGUGUGAUCUGUCAUGAGAAUCUGUCUCCAGAAAACCUUUCAGUUUUGCCUUGUGCUCACAAAUUCCACUCUCAGUGCAUUAGACCAUGGUUGAUGCAACAGGGGACGUGCCCAACCUGCAGACUCCAUGUUUUGCUACCAGAAGAAUUCCCUGGUCACCCCAGCCGACAGUUGCCCAAGAUCUGAUAAAAGGAGCGUAACUGUACAGGAAACUUAGUUUUCAGGCUUUGGGAUUUAGUUCUGCCUUCUGUUAUGAGCUGAUUGUAUGAAUGGUGUGAAGCAGUAUGCUUUUCAGUUCUGUGUUGAAGAAGCACAUCAGAGUGGCAACCAAAGAGGUCAGUAUGAAUCUCAGGACUUGUGAACUGAAGUGAAAGGGCUUAAAGUUAAAGAAAAUGAAAUUUUGUUAGUGACAUAUUUGCUCUUAAUAGGUUUUUUCUCUUAAUAUAAACAUAAUAGCUGUUAGUACAUUUCUUAGAAUGUCUUUUCUUGUCUUUUUUUCCUUCUUAUUCUACUCAUCCUUUACUUUGCCUCAAGUAUGCUACAUUUAAUUUCCUGAAAGAAAUUUAAGCAAGAGGGAAAGUGGAAUAGUAAAGACGAGAAGGAAGACAAUUCCACAGAUUUUAGUGUUACUUUAGCUACAAAAAAAUAUAAUUGAAUUAUUUAAAUUUAAUCUCUAUCUUCCCCAUUCUUUUCUGUCCUCUAAAAUAUGUACCCAUGAGAUUUUGGGUUACUUGAGGGUAGAAACCAUACAGUAGUAUGUUGGAGCUGGCUUAUAAUGGCUUGUGAGAGCUGACUGUUAAAAUUUCAGGGUUUUUUGAGCCAGUUGUCAAAUCAUUGCUAGCUUGGAGUCUGCCAUAGUGGGAAUAUUUAUACCAUAGAAAUUCUUCCCCUCAAGGACGGGUUAAACAUUUACCAGCGUACUACUGGAGCAUGUCUGAUCCUUUUUUGUGUUCCCAAUUUCUUCACAGUAGGUACAGAAUAAAUAUUCCCAGAAUCAGAAAUCAAGAAGUAGUAAGAAAAGGAAGUAAUAUGUAAAUUAAGUCACAUGCUCAGUUGAAUAAUUGAGAUCUUAUGUUCAUUUGUAAACAUGCUCUUUGGACCUUAAUCAUUUGCAUUUUGGAAAGGGUUUUUUUUGUUUUUGUUUUUGUUUUUCCUGCUUUUAAAAGUUUCUAAUUUCACUUUCCCAGGAGAGUGGGAGAAACUAUUUGUAUGUAGCUGCUUCUUGUGACAAAGUCAAUACCCACUGGGCUAAAUUGCAUAUCUAAAGCUCGUCACCGAGAACUUUUGUUCUUAGAGGUCAAAAACCUAUUUUGAAAAUAAUGUUGUAUAAAUGCUGUAAGUGUUGUACAUGCCUCUAGUUUCAAAAUUAAAGGUAUUCAGAGUUACCUUGUGAGACAUUGUUCCUUGGUUCAUACUCAGUCUCGAUUUCGUUUAAAUUAUGGAAAACAAUUAAUGUUUCCUGACUAAGCUACUAUUUUAUCUGUAUAUUUCAGUGUAAAUGUAUCUUGAAGUUACUUUAAAUCUCUACUUAAAACCUCAAUUUCUGUAAUUGUAUGCUAAAAGUUUUCUUCUGUAUGUAAUGAGAAUAUAAUGGAAAAUGUGAGAAAAAACCUCCAAAAACCAUGGCAGUCAUUUAGACAUGUAAAAUGCCAAGAAUGUCUUGGAAUUGCAGAAUUCAGAACUUAAGAGUCUUUAAUCAUCGUCUUGUCUAGCACCUCAAGGUCAUGGUCAUAUAACAAGUUACCUUGUAAAACAAAUGUUUCUUAGUUCAUGUUUACAAUUGCAAUUUCACUUUCAUGUGGAAAAGAAUAAAUGUUUCUUAAUUGAACAACAA